CAUCUGUGGAGGCGCGCGUGCAUCUAGUGCCGUGAAAACGAAAGUGACAUUUGGCGAACUUCUUCGACCAGACUGGGAAUCUGUGCUUGUGUUAUCGGAACAGUGAUUGGUAGCGCCCUCUGUUAUCCUGAAACUGUUUCUUCAUCCUUACAUCUCUGAAAGCUCACCUGAAAAGGUUUUCAUAUCUCAGGCCAAUACCAAAUUUAUGCCACCAAAAAACUAUUACGCCGCUGACUGACCGGACUCCGAUCAUGAAGAGGACCAGGCUUCUGUUGGCGCUUGCUGCGCUCCUAUGUCGGGAAGCAUCAUGCGAGCCACCAGUGGAUUCAGCCUCAUUGCCCUUGGAACACCGCGGUGGCGCGUACGGACCACCGCUGCCGCCUGCCCACACAGAUGAUCCCUGGCCUUUGACAACUCCUGACAGUCCAAAAAUAAAACAUCUCCAAGUACAAUGUGAAAAAACUCAUAUGCGUGUCAAUAUAGAAUUCGAUAGACCGUUCUACGGAAUGAUAUUCUCCAAAGGAUUUUACAGUGAUCCACAUUGUAUGCACAUGAAACCAGGAACCGGUCACUUGAGCGCAACAUUUGAAAUAUUCCUUAACAGCUGUGGCAUGUCUAGUUCUGCUAACCAUAAUGUCGCUACAUACGGCAGUCCCACUCCUAGUGGAUCGUAUGUUGAAAACACAAUUAUUGUUCAAUACGAUCCUUACGUUCAGGAAGUUUGGGACCAGGCGAGAAAAUUGAGAUGCACAUGGUACGACUUUUACGAAAAAGCUGUUACUUUUAGACCGUUCCAAGUAGACAUGUUACACGCAGUCACGGCAAACUUUCUCGGUGACAACUUGCAGUGUUGGAUGCAGAUCCAAGUUGGAAAAGGACCUUGGGCUUCAGAAGUAUCUGGGAUAGUCAAAAUAGGACAAACCAUGACGAUGGUAUUGGCGAUUAAGGACGACGAAAACAAAUUUGAUAUGCUUGUAAGAAACUGUGUAGCCCAUGAUGGUAAGAGAGCCCCGAUACAACUAGUCGAUCAGUAUGGAUGCGUAGUCAGGCCUAAGAUUAUGAGCAAAUUUCAAAAGAUAAAGAACUUCGGGCCAUCAGCAUCAGUUGUUUCAUUCGCAUAUUUCCAAGCAUUCAAAUUCCCUGACUCAAUGAAUGUCCACUUCCAAUGCGUUAUUCAAGUUUGUAGAUAUAACUGCCCUGAGCCUAAGUGUGGUGGUCUUGGUGCCGAUUAUGGAGUGCCUUUAUUAGGUGGAAAUUCCUUAGGACCUGGAGAUUAUGGUUUAUCUAACUCUCCUCAUGGUGAAUAUGGUCCACCUCCAGGCCCGCAUUCUGAAUAUGGAGUACCGCCAGCUUUCCCCGAUCCUAGACAUCCUGCUGAUUCAUCUGGAGCAUAUUCUGAAAAACGAGAUGACUCAGUACCACCGCCACAAGUUCAAGUCUCAUCAACUCCAAAUGCACCGAGUCCAUCGUCCCCUGCCCCAACACGUGACGAAGAUGAUGUGAACCUACCUCCUCCACCUCCACCAGGCAGGCGUGGAGUAUACAACACCGUGAAAAGAAAAGAUGAGGGCCAUGGCAACCUUGCAACGCUUGGAGGUCGUCCACGAUCCGUAGAAGACUUGCCAGAAACUUUGGUUGGAGUACGAAGAAGAAGAGAAACAUCAACACCUGCUCGAAUAUACAAAAGAGACGCUCAAGAAAUGACUGACGUAAACACGAGUCGUAUUAUUCAAGUUGUCGCUCCAGGAGAUGUCAACUUCGCUUUGAAUAAUGCUGCGACAAACGAAACAGUCGUAAUACAAUCCCCAGCUACAGAUCCGGAAACGAUAUGUAUGUCCGUCCCAUCUUUUGUAGCUGGUCUGGUUAUGUUAUUGUUGGUUUUGGUGGUAGCGUCGUUAGUAGCCGCAUUUCUAUUCGUUCGUGUCCGGGCGCUCGACAGAAAGGGUACCCACGGUGCUACAGCUUAUUUUGAAACGGAUUACGUAAAACAUACGAAUUAGUGGAGGCGUCUUAGUGCGAAUGUGACGGGUGGACGUUGAAUGAACUCUUCUCAGAUCCAAAGAGCGAGCGAGUAUCGGUCUCGGCUGUCGGGCAAACGUUGUCGCUGUUGUGAGCGUAUCUCGAUGACUUGUGACGUAUUUAUAUAAGCUAUUUAAUGUGUGUGAUGUAAAAUGUUCGACUGCUUUUUGUAAAUUAUUUUAUUCGUGUGUGAAACCUGCGCCUUUUAUAGUCGUUUAAUAUGUCUAUUGUAAUUUUGUAAAGAGUUGUAAGUAAGAAAAAUUAGACUAAGUUGUACUUAUACCAAUUAAAGUGUCGUGUGAGAUGGUUGUAA